CUUACAAGCAAUCCACUGUUCCUCUGACACAGAUCGAACAUCUAUUAUUCACGAAAAUGGCUUCUACGACCAAGACCUUCCAUCACGCGCCCUAUCCCGCAAUAUCCGCUGAGAAUCCAUCUAACAGUCAGGCGGGAAAAACUGUUCUCAUCACUGGGAGCGCUUCAGGCGUUGGCUACGAAACUGCUAAUAAAUUUGCCCAAGCCAACGCAUCUCGUAUCAUCAUCUCUGGUCGCAAUUCGGAGACAUUGAAUAAAGCGGCUACAGAUCUCAAGAAGAAAUCCAAAUCCAGUGAGAUUCUCACUCGAGUUUCCAACAUCAAUGAAGAAACCAGCAUCGACCAACUUUGGACGUCUUUCUCUGAUGAAGGCAUCGUCAUUGAUGUUCUCAUUCUCAAUGCCGCUGACACGUCUGGUGGUCCAGCCAAUCCAUUGCUGAAUGUAUGGCCUCAGUUCCGGGCCAUGUUCAAUACCAAUGUCUUCGGCAAUGUGCUUAUGGCAGCGAGGUUCCUCGAUUCGCCGAAUCUCGUCAAACAAGGGAAAACACUGAUCAACCUGACGAGUUGUUUAGCACACAGCAACCCCGCACGCCUUCAAGCCGCCUAUUCCGCCAGCAAGGUUGCUUCUUCUUCUUUUUUCCAACAUCUUGCCCAAGAGAUACCUGUUGACCAGUGUCGAAUCAUCAAUCUUCAUCCGGGUCUUAUCCCAAACACGUCUUCUACAGACAAGGCUCCUCCAGAGCUUAUCGAAAUGGUCCGAUGGGACGAAGUCGAUCUUCCUGCUUCAGUUUGCGUUUGGGCAUCUACUACAGCUGCAUCCUUCUUGCAUGGUCGAUUCAUUUGGUCCAAUUGGGACGUCGAGGAACUUGCGAAGCGCAAAAUCGAGUUCCAGGAGCCAGGAUAUCUGAGGAUUGGACUCCAAGGUGUCGAAUACGUUGACGUCACGAAACUCUUCGACCAAAUUCGUGAAAAAGACGCCAGUGAAAUUCAGUAAGCUACAGAUUCAUCGUUAUGUACGUACCAAGCGGUAUCUAAAGGAAGUUGAAUCAAGGAAGAAGAAGUCUCGGGUAUAAUCCAUUUUAAGAGCGAUAGGAUUGAGUGGUACGAAGGCUAGUUCUUUAUUAUUACUAAAAGCUAU